AUGACAUCACCCACCAACAUCGCCACAGAGGCGCUCGUCACCGAGAAACCCGGUGACAAGUUCGAGAUGAGGCCCAUCAUUCUGGAUGAGGUCCGGGGAGACGAAGUGCUUGUCGAGAUGAAGUAUUCCGGUAUUUGCCACACAGAUGUUCUUCUACAGAACGGCCUCAUCCCUGGAGUCGAAUACCCUGCCAUCUUUGGCCACGAAGGCGCAGGUAUUAUCCGCGCCCUGGGCAGCGACGUCAAGGACAAGUCCCUCCAGGUCGGCGACCAUGUUCUCCUCUCCUUCAACGUCUGCGGCAAGUGCAAGAAGUGCGUCGCAGGCAAGCCAUCCUUCUGCCACAUCCACUCCCCUGUGAAUGUUGGUUCAGUCCGCCUCUCUGACGGCUCGACUCCCGCUCGGCUUGAGGACGGCCGAUCUGUGCGAAGCCAAUUCUUUGGCCACUCUUCCUUCGCGAGGGUGUCGGUUGUAGCCGAGAGAAGCGUCGUCAAAUGUCCAUACCCCGAGUCUCUGCCAUACUACGCCCCCCUUGGCUGCGGCUUUCAGACAGGGGCCGGCACGGUGCUCAACGCGCUCAAGCCGGACAAGACUCAGACGGUGGUCAUAUUCGGUAUGGGAAGUGUUGGUAUCGCUGCGCUGAUGGCUGCGGCAUACCUUCAGGUCAAGCAGCUUGUGGCGGUGGAUGUUGUGGAUGACAAGCUGGCCAACGCCAAGGAGUUUGGUUCUACGCAUGUCGUAAACUCGAGGACAUGUGGCGAGGGUGGCAUUGAGGCCAAGAUCAAGGAGAUUACAGAUGGAGGGGCCGACUUUGCUAUUGACUGCACUGGCCUGAUCCCCGUUAUCGAGUCACUAUUCGGGUGUCUUGCCCCAGGAGGUACGGCGACUAGUGUUGGUGUGCCGCCGCCAAACAGCGUUGUCCGAAUCGAACCCCAGACGUUUCUACUUGAGAACAAGCGAUAUGUCGGCGUUGUUGAGGGCGGCUCCAAUCCCCAAAAGUUUAUUCCCGAGUUGAUGGAGCUUCAUCGGCAAGGCCAUUUCCCAGUCGAGAAGCUAUGCACGGUUUACUCGGUCAAGGAGUUUGAGAAGGCAUUGGCCGAUAUGCGUGGCGGGAAGGUGGUGAAGCCGAUUAUUCACUGGGAUUGA